CACCACGGCUCCCGGCGACCGGGGGGCUCAGCCCUACCCGGGGGCUGGCACUGGCCCCCCCAGCCCUGCGGGGACUCGGAGCGGGGGGCUGAGCCGGGGGGGCUGAGCCGGGGGGGCCGGCGCAGGCGGCGUCACCCUCCUGGCUCCACCCCACCAAAAUCGUAGGGGGCUUCGCUGUGACCCCGGCGCUGGGAUGGCAGCGGGACAGUCGGACCGCGGCGGGACGGCGGGACGGUUCCCAGCCGAGGUGGUGGCUGGAGUGCUCCGGGGGGAUCCAGCCAGGGCGUUUGCCAGUCGCUUUGUUGCUGCCGGGGGAUUUUUUAUUUUUUUUUUUAGGAUUAUUAUUAUUUUGAAAGGGAGGGUGAGGAGAGGGGGCUGACACUGACUAUAAAGGCAGAGCUGCCUGGAGCAGCCGGCACUUCCCCGUCACCAUGAGCACUCCCCGGGCCUGACAGCCCCAGCCUGCCCCACUGUCGUCGGCUCAAGCUGUCCUAGAGUGUGGCUGUGUGUCCGAAGCUCGGGUUGGGAUGGUGUGAGCCCGGAGCCGCUCGUCGCCCUCCCACCACCCCUCACCGGCUCUGGCAGGAGCCGAGCCCGCCAGCCGCUUGGAUGAUUUGAUUUCUUCCCUGUCCGACAUCACUCCUGCCCAGAUGCAGUGGAUAAUAUUCAUGUUGCUGUUAUUCAUCAGCUCCAUGGAAAUGCUCACGCAGAACCGGUGGAAGAAGCAAGCGAGUGCUGGCCUGCUGGAAAACUGCACGGGCUGCGUCCUGUGCUCUGAGGACAACGGCUGCAUCACCUGCCACCACCGGCUCUUCCUGCUGAUCUGGAGGGACGGCAUCCGCCAGUACGGGAUGUGCGUCCACACUUGUCCCCCAGGCUACUUUGGUGUGCGGGGUCUGGAGGUCAACAGAUGCACAAAGUGCAGGUCGCCCAGCUGCGAGAGCUGCUUCAGCAGAGACUUCUGCAUGAAGUGCAAGGACAAGUUUUACUUGUACAAGGGCCAGUGCUUCCGGCAGUGUCCCCCCGGCACCGCGGCACAGCCCGGCACCCGCGAGUGCCAAGAGACGUGCGAGCCGGGCCCGUGGAGCGAGUGGAGCGCCUGUACCCACGAGAGCCGCACGUGCGGCUGCAAGUGGGGUGUGGAGACGCGGGUGCGGGAGGUGCCGGAGGCUGCCCGGGAGGAGGGGACUGCCUGCCCCGCGCUGCUGGAGACCAGGAGGUGCCGCAUGAAGAAGCACUGCCCGGGAGAGAAAACUGAACCCAAAAAUAAAGGCAAAAAGCGACAGAAGAAGCCGAAGACAGAAAGGCACACGGGCACCUAGCGGGCACCAGCACAGGAGCUGGGGCACCAUGGCAGGAGCUCCCAGCCAACUCCUGCCACGGUGCUCCAGCCACAUCACCCCUGGUUUUCCGUCCACAGGAAAAAAAAUUGCACAAUUUUCUCUGCCCCCCCAUCCCCCUUUUCUUUUGAGACAAUUUAUGGCCUGUAAAACAUUUCCUUUUCAGAAAAUCUAAUUUGCAAUGUCCAAAGCAAAGCCCUAGGGCUUGGGGAGGGGGUGGCUCCUUUAUUCCUCUGGUCUUCCCUCUCCCCCAGCCUGCUCCAUCCCUUCCUCCAGACGAGUGGGAUGGGGUUAGGCUGGGGUUGGACCCUGCUAAUGAAGCUGAUGCCUGCCUGGAUAGUGUUCCCCAGGGCUGGGAGAUGCCCUGGCUCCACAGGGUCCUGAUUUUAUGGGAGUGCUGGGGGGCACAGUGCACCACUGAGAUGCUCCAGGUGCUGGAUAGUGUCCGCCAUCCCCAGCCACAGGCUUGGGAAACAGCAGGACUCCUGGGGUUGGGGCCCCACUGGGGACUGUGCUGUUGCUCAAAACAGCCCAGCCUGGUGCUCAACAUCCCCACUGGCACAACCAAGGGACAAAUCCUGCUCUCCUGGGGCUCAGAGGGCAGCUGGACCUCCAGACUGACAACCCUUCUUGGGAUCUUGCCAUCCCAGGACUCAGCACGCGCCAAAUCCUGCCAUCCUCAGGCUCACAGAGAGGCUCAAAGAGCUUCUCUCCCAGCUGGAUGUGGGCACAGGAUUUUGGGGUGACCGUGUCUGUAUUCAGUCUAGGACAGGGACAGGCACAGUGUGAGUACAAGCCCAGGCAGGGGAUGCUGCCGCGUCCCGCGUCCCCAAGCAGCGCUGCAAACCCCUCCCAGCCAUCACCAGGGUGUGACCGUGGGGUGCUGAGCCCAGGCGCGCCCCUCCCUGCCACGCUGUGUGUGUCCCGGGCACAGAAGGCUCUAUCGGGAUAUAUACCGUGUGUGUGCUUCAAUCGCUGUCCAGCCGCAGGCAGCUCUGCGUUUGGGGAUUGCCGGGGUGCGAACUCCCCGUCCCCGCCCUGAGCGGGAGAAGGGGAGGCGGGGGCUGGCCGCGGGGUGUCGAGGCUGCGGGGGCUGCACAGACCCUUCAGGACGGGAGCGCUGGGUGUCAGCACCGAGCCAGCCCUAGAGCCGGCACAAAGCUGCCGGAGCACCGCCUCCGAUCGCUUCAUGACAAAUAAAUGGAUUAAACCCCCA